AUGGAAUGGAUCAGCAGGGUCCGGGAGCAGAAAGGCACCUACUCCAACAACCUCCUCAGUAGUCACUGUAUCAUCACCAGCACCUACUCCAAAAACCUCCUCAGUAGUCACUGUAUCAUCACCAGCACCUACUCCACCAACCUCUUCAGUAGUCACUGUAUCAUCACCAGCACCUACUCCAACAACCUCUUCAGUAGUCACUGUAUCAUCACCAGCACCUACUCCAACAAUCUCCUCAGUAGUCACUGUAUCACCAGCACCUACUCCAACAACCUCCUCAGUAGUCACUGUAUCAUCACCAGCACCUACUCCAACAACCUCCUAAGUAGUCACUUUAUCAUCACCAGCACCUACUCAAACAACCUCUUCAGUAGCCACUGUAUCAUCAGCACCUACUCCAACAACCUCUUCAGUAGUCACUGUAUCACCAGCACCUACUCCAACAACCUCCUCAGUAGUCACUGUAUCAUCACCAGCACCUACUCCAACAACCUCUUCAGUAGUCACUGUAUCACCAGCACCUACUCCAACAACCUCCUCAGUAGUCACUGUAUCACCAGCACCUACUCCAACGACCUCCUCAGUAGUCACUGUAUCACCAGCACCUACUGCAACAACCUCCUCAGUAGUCACUUUGUCAUCACCAGCACCUACUCCACCAACCUCCUCAGUAGUCACUGUAUCAUCACCAGCACCUACUCCACCAACCUCUUCAGUAGUCACUGUAUCAUCACCAGCACCUACUCCACCAACCUCUUCAGUAGUCACUCACCUACUCCAACAAUCUCCUCAGUAGUCACUGUAUCACCAGCACCUACUCCAAUGACCUCCUCAGUAGUCACUGUAUCAUCACCAGGACCUACUCCAGCAACCUCCUCAGUAGUCACUGUAUCAUCACCAGCACCUACUCCAACAACCUCCUCAGUAGUCACUGUAUCAUCACCAGCACCUACUCCAACAACCUCCUCAGUAGUCACUGUAUCAUCACCAGCACCUACUCCACCAACCUCUUCAGUAGUCACUGUAUCAUCACCAGCACCUACUCCAACAAUCUCCUCAGUAGUCACUGUAUCACCAGCACCUACUCCACCAACCUCCUCAGUAGUCACUGUAUCAUCACCAGCACCUACUCCACCAACCUCUUCAGUAGUCACUGUAUCAUCACCAGCACCUACUCCACCAACCUCUUCAGUAGUCACUUCACUGACCUACUCCAGCAACCUCCUCAGUAGUCACUGUAUCAUCACCAGCACCUACUCCAACAACCUCCUCAGUAGUCACUGUAUCAUCACCAGCACCUACUCCAACAACCUCCUCAGUAGUCACUGUAUCAUCACCAGCACCUACUCCACCAACCUCUUCAGUAGUCACUGUAUCAUCACCAGCACCUACUCCAACAAUCUCCUCAGUAGUCACUGUAUCACCAGCACCUACUCCAACAACCUCUUCAGUAGUCACUGUAUCAUCACCAGCACCUACUCCAACAACCUCUUCAGUAGUCACUGUAUCAUCAGCACCUACUCCAACAACCUCCUCAGUAGUCACUGUAUCACCAGCACCUACUCCAACAACCUCCUCAGUAGUCACUGUAUCAUCACCAGCACCUACUACAGCAACCUCUUCAGUAGUCACUGUAUCACCAGCACCUACUCCAACGACCUCCUCAGUAGUCACUGUAUCACCAGCACCUACUCCAACAACCUCCUCAGUAGUCACUUUGUCAUCACCAGCACCUACUCCACCAACCUCCUCAGUAGUCACUGUAUCAUCACCAGCACCUACUCCACCAACCUCUUCAGUAGUCACUGUAUCAUCACCAGCACCUACUCCACCAACCUCUUCAGUAGUCACUGUAUCAUCACCAGCACCUACUCCAACAACCUCUUCAGUAGUCACUGUAUCAUCACCAGCACCUACUCCAACAAUCUCCUCAGUAGUCACUGUAUCACCAGCACCUACUCCAACAACCUCUUCAGUAGUCACUUAGUCACUUUCACCUACUCCACCAACCUCUUCAGUAGUCACUGUAUCAUCACCAGCACCUACUCCAACAACCUCUUCAGUAGUCACUGUAUCAUCACCAGCACCUACUCCAACAAUCUCCUCAGUAGUCACUGUAUCACCAGCACCUACUCCAACAACCUCUUCAGUAGUCACUUUGUCAUCACCAGCACCUACUCCAACAACCUCUUCAGUAGUCACUGUAUCAUCAGCACCUACUCCAACAACCUCCUCAGUAGUCACUGUAUCACCAGCACCUACUCCAACAACCUCCUCAGUAGUCACUGUAUCAUCACCAGCACCUACUCCAACAACCUCUUCAGUAGUCACUGUAUCACCAGCACCUACUCCAACAACCUCCUCAGUAGUCACUGUAUCACCAGCACCUACUCCAACGACCUCCUCAGUAGUCACUGUAUCACCAGCACCUACUCCAACAACCUCCUCAGUAGUCACUUUGUCAUCACCAGCACCUACUCCACCAACCUCCUCAGUAGUCACUGUAUCAUCACCAGCACCUACUCCACCAACCUCUUCAGUAGUCACUGUAUCAUCACCAGCACCUACUCCACCAACCUCUUCGGUAGUCACUGUAUCAUCACCAGCACCUACUCCACCAACCUCUUCAGUAGUCACUGUAUCAUCACCAGCACCUACUCCAACAAUCUCCUCAGUAGUCACUGUAUCACCAGCACCUACUCCAAUGACCUCCUCAGUAGUCACUGUAUCACCAGCACCUACUCCAACAACCUCCUCAGUAGUCACUGUAUCAUCACCAGGACCUACUCCAAAAACCUCCUCAGUAGUCACUGUAUCAUCACCAGCACCUACUCCAACAACCUCCUCAGUAGUCACUGUAUCAUCACCAGCACCUACUCCAACAACCUCCUAAGUAGUCACUGUAUCAUCACCAGCACCUACUCCAAAAACCUCCUAAGUAGUCACUGUAUCAUCACCAGCACCUAUUCCAACGACCUCCUCGACCCUAACUUUAUCAACAACAUCACCAAUCCCAACCACUGA